AUGAAUGACAUAUUGUCUAAUAAGAGAACAAUAGAGGAUUAUGAAGCUGUUGCAUUAACUGAAGAGUGUAAUGCAAUUAUUCAAAAGAAGCUUCCUCAAAAUUUAAGAGAAUCGGGCAGUUUUACUAUACCUUGCACUAUUGGAAACUUUCAUUGUGAGAGAGAUUUAUGUGAUUUAGGUGCAAGUAUAAAUUUAAUGUCGCUGUCUAUAUUUAAAAGACUUGGUUUGGGGGAAGCUAGACCAACUACUGUUACUCUUCAAUUAGUUGAUCGUUCUUUAACUCAUCCCAAAGAUAUGGAGGAAGAUGAGGAUGUGCCUAUUAUAUUAGGACGAUCAUUUUUAGCCACUGGGCAAGCGCUAAUAGACGUUCAAAAAGGAGAAUUAACGCUUAUGGUACAAGGAGAUGAAGUCAUUUUUAAUGUUUUCAAAGAUUUGAAAUAUCCUUCAGCUAGUGACAGUUGCUUUUGUGUUAAUGUAUUGGAGGAACCAAUUAAAGGGGUUGAGUCUAUUAAAGAUCCAUGA